AAGAAUUUGACAUUUGCAUUUUAGCUUUGCUGUGUCAUUUUUAAUAUUGAGUUUUGUUGCGGUUUAGUAUUUAUAGAAAAUCUUUAAUUCGUUUGAAAUGGCAUCAGAACGUUAUAGCUUUUCUCUGACUACAUUCAGCCCAUCAGGUAAAUUGGUGCAAUUGGAAUAUGCUUUGGCAGCAGUUGCUGCUGGUGCAACAUCAGUGGGCAUAGUGGCAUCGGAUGGUGUUGUUAUAGCGACUGAAAAUAAAUACAAGUCACCUUUAUAUGAAGAGCAUAGCGUACAUCGUGUUGAGCCGAUAACUGACCACAUUGGUAUGGUAUAUUCUGGACUUGUGCCAGACUACCGCCCACUACUGAAAAGAGCACGCAAGAUGGCCCAACAAUACUUCUUGGUUUACAAAGAGCCCAUGCCAGUGUCACAACUAGUUCAGCAAGUUGCUAAUGUAAUGCAGGAGUAUACUCAGUCGGGUGGUGUACGACCUUUUGGGGUUUCCUUGUUGAUAUGUGGUUGGGAUUCGGGUAAACCGUAUCUUUUUCAAUGUGAUCCCACCGGAGCAUUCUUUGCAUGGAAAGCAACUGCCCUAGGUAAAAAUGCACAAAGCUGUAAAACUUAUAUGGAGAAAAGAUUUAAUUUGCAAUCAAAUAACUCCGUUUCUCAAUCACUGGAUGAUGCAGUAGUCGACGCCAUGCGCACAUUAAAAGGUGGAUUUGAAGGCGUUAUGACUAAAGACAACAUUGAAGUAGGAAUAUGCACAGAAAAGGGAUUCCGGCGUCUAACGCCCACAGAGAUUGACGAUCACUUGUCUAAUGCAAACUGAAAAACUUUUUUUAUAAAAUUUAAUUUAGAUAACCCAAACACAAAUAAACAUAUAUAUAUGUAGCUGGUU